AUGUCCACAAAAGACCAACCCCCGCCAAACCAACACCCGCGCCCGCCCACAGAACCAUCGACCAUCCCCUUCUCCUCCCUCCCCCUCGACCCCACAGGCCCGCCAGGAAACGCAUGGGGCCGUUUCGGGCCCCAUGACCAACUUGGCACGCUGAAUCUCAUCACACCGUCUGUUGUCGCGGCCGCUGCGGGGGAGGUUAGGAGUGGGGUUAGGGUGUCGCUUGAUUGGUGUACGGUAAUCUUCCUCUAUCUUACCCCUAACACCUUAAACUUCCCUGCCCAGCCCUCUCAUCCUCCUGCCCUCCUCCACGCCAGCCUAAUUCCCGCUGCAACCAUAGCAAUCGCCCAAGCAGGUGGCAUAACAACCCGCGGCGUCCUCCUCGACUACGUUGCCUUCGCCGGCCGCCACUCCAUCCCCCUCUCCCCUUUCACCUCCACCCCAAUCCCGCUCUCCCAUCUCCACCAACUCGUUACCGAAUACGCCAUCACAUUUCGCCCGGGCGAUGUCCUCUUCAUUCGCUCAGGCUUCACACAAGCCUACAACACCCUCUGUCCCGAUGACCAGAGAAUUCUGGUAGAAACAGGCUUAGAUGGAGGGGAUGCAGGCGAUUUCGCAGGCGUAGAAGCAACGCAAGACGUGUGUGAGUGGAUCUGGGAACACGAAAUUGCUGCCGUGGCGGGGGAUGCGCCGGCGUGGGAGGUGGCGCCCCUUGGGGGUAGGGAUAGGAAAGGGUUCCGAUUGCAUGAGUGGUUUCUGGCAGGGUGGGGGAUGCCGGUUGGGGAGAUGUUUGAUCUGGAGGAGUUAGCCGGGGUGUGUGAGCAGGAGGGGAGGUGGAGCUUCUUUGUGUGUAGUAUGCCGCUGAAGACCCCUUCACUCAAAAUGCUCAAAGCACUAUCCCUCCCGCUGCUGCUCCUUGGCCUCCUCCUUCCAUUCACGAUCAAUGCAGCACCAGAGAUCGAAAAGCGCUGGGGCUGCCUCAACGAUGGCGAAGCCAGCAAGUUCCUCCAGAUCUACAUUUCCUUCUUUGAGAAGCUCGACCCCAAAACAGCUAAAAAGUAUCUCACGCCCGACUUCUUCGAAGUGUCAGCAAGUCUGAACUUCCUGCUUGGAAAGCUGCCCGACGCACAAACCUACACCUCCCGCUCCGACUUCAUCACCGCCCAAACUACGCAACAGAGCUCCGGGGCCCCCGCAGAAAAGUUCACAGUCCUCGACACCAUCCACGGCUGCGACACGAUCUGGUUCCGCUGGGUCGACAACAGCAAGCCUGUGCCGCUGUAUGGAUUUGAUGAGUUUUAUCUGGCAAGGAGUGGUGGGCAUGGGCCUCAUGGUGGUGGAGACUGGCAGAUCAACAAGGCAUACUCCGAGUUUAAUAAUGCGGCUGUGUUGUAUAAUGCCGGGUUGUUUCCUUGUCCGGGCACCUCGCCCGGAGGGAGCAAUGGGACCAAGGCUACGCGCUAG